AUGUCCCAUCCCGACUCGAAUCUUCACCCCGAAGCCACCGGUCCCGCCAAAGCGCUGGUCGACCGCCACCGCGCGGAGCAGCCCUUGAAGCUGUAUGCGGGGUGGUUCUGUCCAUUCGUGCAACGAGUCUGGCUUGCCCUAGAAGAAAAGCAGAUUCCCUACGAAUACAUCGAAGUAAACCCGUACAACAAACCCGACUCCCUCCUCGCCCUCAACCCGCGUGGUCUCGUGCCCACACUCUCCUGUCCGACUAGCCAUUCCCCGCGGCCACUGUACGAGUCCACCGUGAUAUUGGAGUACCUCGAAGAAGCGUAUCCAAACCAUGGCCCGCGUCUCCUCCCAACCGAUCACUACGAGCGAGCCCGCGCAAGGAUCUGGAUUGACUACGUGACCUCGCGGAUUAUUCCUGCGUUCCAUCGGUUCCUGCAGUAUCAACCCACGGGUCCACAAGAUGGAGGGCUGGACAAAGUCCGUCAGGAAUUUCUGAAUCAUCUUAAAGUUUGGACGAAGGAGAUGCAUUCGACCGGUCCGUUCUUCUUAGGACAGGAAUUAAGUGCUCCCGAUCUGGUGCUGGCGCCGUGGGCGGUGCGAUUGUGGGUGUUUGAUGAGUUUAAAGGUGGGAUAGGGAUUCCGUCUGGAGGACCCGAUGAGGCGGUUUGGGACAGAUGGAAGAGGUGGGUUGCUGCUUUGGAGGAGAGGAAGAGUAUCAUAGAGACGACGAGUGAGAGGGAGCAUUAUCUGCCUAUCUAUAAGCGCUAUGCGGAUGAUCAGGCGCAGAGUGAGUUGGCUAAGGCGACGAGGGCGGGACGGGGUGUUCCUUGA